AUGGCGCCCUCGACGCCCCUCUCCAUUUCGACUGGCGCUGUCCGGAGACUAGUCAAGGAAGAAGCAUCCUACCAGCGUGAAAAGAAGGACCAGGAACAACGUAUCGAGAAGCUGUCAAAGGAUGCCACAGACGACGAGAACCGCGAGUACAUGCUCAAUCAAGAGCGCAAAGCACUAGAAGAAACCGAGAAGCUUCUACCUCAGCUGAAGGAUAAGAUCAACGAGGCAGUUUCAAAGUUGGAGCGUCUGAUUGCUGAAGAAGGCCAAAAGGGAGCGGACAGUGACGUUGCUCAGAUAACUGCGGCAAAGGAAGCGAUAGCUCUAUCCAAGACUGCUGUCAGGGAGAUAUCGUAG